AUGAUGCAAACCGCAUUUCUCGUUUGUUCGUCCUUUCUCGAUCCGCCAGUCACCCUCCGUUUCUCGUCCUGCCCAGCUUUCCUAAUGCUGCUACUUCCCUCCCUUGUCGCACGUCCUGCAACUUCCCGUCGCACGUCCCCCGCAAUUUCCGUCGCAUCAUGUUCCACGCUUCCCGUCCGUCCCCGCAGGAAGCGCAAGCCCGUGGCGCACGCGGGGAGUCGGUCGGUGGUGGCGGCGGACGGGUACUUCUGGCACAAGUACGGCCAGAAGAGCGUCAUGGACCGCGCCAUCACCAGGGCGUACUUCCGGUGUGCGCGGCACAGCAUGGGGUGCAUGGCGCGCAAGACCGUCGAUGUCCCCAUCGCUACAACCCCCGCCGCUACAGCCUCCGCUCCAUCGCUAUCCGCUGCUGCAGCCUCGCUCGCUACAGCCGAUGGUAGCGUCGCCAAGCCCUCUGACACCGCCCCCCCCUCCAGUGCAGCAGCACUGCAGCCGCAGGUGUCGUACCACGGGACACACAACCACACCCCGCCCGGCCCCUGCUCUCUCAGCCUCCCCAACUGCGCCGCCGCUGCCGCCUCAGCUGCAGCAGCAGAGGGGGACAUCCAGGUGCCUGUGUCUGCUUCGCCAGGCGCUGAUGGCGCUGACGGUGCUGCUACAGUGGUUCCCGUAAGCCGGACGGAUCACCAGAGAAGACCGGCGGUAGCGGAAUCAGCAGACGUGGCUGUUGGCAGUGGCACGGGUGCGGCCGAUGCGGCUUCUGCCGUGGCCCCGCUUGGCCUGACCCACCGCCUGAGCCUCAACUCCACUGUCUCUCUCGACCGCGUGCCGCUCUCACCCGCCUCCGCUGCCGCCCACCCCGCCCUCGCUCUCACCCUCGCCACGCCCACCACCGCUCACAAUCUCCCUGCAGCCGCACCAGGAGAUGCCCAGAGGCCCAGUACAGCGGAAGCAGCAGCGGCGGCAGCGGCGGCGGAAGCAGGGGAUUCUGGGAGCUGCACGGACGAGCCGAUGGCGGAGCAGUCGAAACAGAGCCCGGCAGGCACACGGGGGUCCAUGGAGGUGGGGUCCGUGCGCGCCGAGGACGAGGACCGCCUUGCGUGCUCAACCAGACCUGCCAGGUCACACUCGGUGGAGGCGCAACCAGAGGGGAAUGGCGACGCGGCACAGAGAGGGGGCAAUGGGGUGGGGCAUCAUGGAGAGGAACGAGGCUUGGCUGGUGCUUUGCGUCCUCAUCCUUCUGCUGCUGCUGCUGCUGCUGUCGCUGGGAGCCAUCCCUCUAUAUCGGCAGCGUUUGCUGCUGCCGCCAGUGCCGCUGCUUCUGGUCCCGCCUUCGCGCUCCCAUCCGCAGGCCCGGGAAACCUCUGGGCUAUGGCACCUCCUCCUGGCACCAGCGUCCCUGGUGCCAUUCCCCCUGGCGCCACCACCACCAGCAGUAGUUUCCAAGGCCCGCCUCUGCCUGCACUGCCCAUGCCCAUGCCCAUGCCCAUGCAGACACACCCAGCAACUGCCACCCAUCUUGCUUCCAUGGCUCACGCUUGGGGCCAUCACUCCCACCCCUCCCUCCCCUCUGCUGCUGCUGCAGUUCCUCUGUCCCCUCUUGGCCACCACUUGCCCUCUGGGAUGGUAGUUAUUCCUUCCAUACACCCACCACCACCGCUCUUCAACCCGUUGCACCACAGCCAUGUACCAGCUGCUAGUGGGAGUGCGUUUGCCUAUCCUACCCCCCACAUCCAGGCAGCACAGGCGCAGGCACAGAUGCAAGUACAAGCACAGUUGCAGUUACGGUCCCAGCUGCAAGCACAGCAACAAGCACCACCAAUCCACUCGUUUCAGGCACAGCCACCAGGCUCAGCUGAUCCCGUUGCUAACUCCCAUACCCUCUUGAAUUUUCGCUCUGCAGAUUAUCCUCAGUUGUCCACCUCUAAGCCUCUCCUGCACCAUGCGCCAUCUGAGUUAAGGGAGAGCACAGGCCACCAUGGAGGAAGUGAUGUUGAUGAGUCAGCACGCCACCUGGCAUCGUCUGGUAGGGAAUGGAACAGUAUCAUGGAGGGAAGUCACCAGGAAGCCAAGAGGAUAUGUGUGGAGUGGGGGCAGACUAAGACUGGACGGCCCGAAGAUAAAUCGUCGCCGCUCUCUUUCCCGCCUGCCCAGCCGCCUCUCCCGCUCGCCUCUCUCGCGGAGUCUCCCGUAGGUGGCGCGUCCCAGCCAUUGUCGUUGGUUCGGCCCGAGCCUGCCACACCAAUGUUUCCCUUUGGUCCAUUCCAACCGCUGCGGUGCUCAAGAGGAGAGGGCGUUGCUUCCCGUGAACCCCUGGCGGAAACCCCGUCUCCCGGUGGAGGGGGAGAGGCAUGCGCGGAGAGGGGAGGCGCUAGCGUGAACCCGCUCGAGUCGGGGCUGCCCUCGUCGCAGCUGCAGCUUGUUCUGGUUGCGGGGGAUACGACAGCCCUUCCGCCUCCAGCGGAGGAGCCUUCCGCUUGGCCCUGGACGUGGCAGGAGCGCCUCCGCGCAGUCAAGCGCCGGCGGAUGGACGCGCGGGAAUGCGAGGAAGCGGCGCAAGGGGAAGCGAGGGGGUCUGGCGGAGCGCAGGAUUGGGGGAAGCUAGAGGCGGAAGCGGAGGAGGAGAGGCGGCGAAAGCAACGGCUCGGCAUUUUGAGCGGGAUGCGUCAGAUGCUGGACAGCCCUGGUUUCGCCGCUGCCCGCGGGCAGAGGAAGAGAAAACUCGUCGUCCGCCAAGGAGGCUUGAGGCACCGCCUGCCGACAAUGCGCGGCGCGUCGAGUGCGAGCGGCAGCGGCGACCAAUCGAGCGAGAACACUAACUUCGAGGAGCGCGCAACGGAAGCCGCCAGGGAGGCGGAAAACGCUCGCGCGGCAAAUGAUGUCGCAACACUUGCAGAGGACGACGCGGCGCAACUAACCGUUGGAGGCCGCGUGGGCGCGGCUGGCGGGGUAGAUACGGCCGCCGCGGCGCCGGUGCACGCGCGGGAGCUGGGCUCCAGUGUUGCGACCGUGCGCAGAGGCGGAAGCUCGUCGGGAAGAAACGGCAGAAGGAAUGGGGGCGGCGGACGGUGCGGAGAGUACGAGGUGGAGUCAACGCAGUGCGCGGCGGAGAAGGCGGAAGAGGGGACGGGGUUGGCGGAGAAGGCGGAGGAGGGACCGAACCUGGCGGAGCGCGGGGAGGCAGCGCAUCCGCCCGCGUCGCCCUGUUCGGAUGCGGAAGAGGCGGAACGAGCGGGGGAGAAGCGGAAGGCGCACGAGGCGCAGAAUGCAGCGGACGGCGCUGCCGGCCGCGCCCACGUACGCCGUCGCCAUGGCCUUCCCAGCCGCCUGGGAAAUCUUGCUGCUCCGCCAACCGCUGCUGCUCCCCUCGCUCCUCCCGCGCAGGCGCACCAUGGCAAUGCGCCACCCUCCAGCGCACUCCCCAGCGCGCCCUGCACAGCUCUCCCUUUCCCUCUCCUCUCCCCAGACACCCCCCACCGUUCCCGUCCCUCCUACCCUUCUAGACUGCCGCUACCGUCCCCGUUGCCAUUCCGAACCACCCCAGCACUGGCCGAGCCUCAGCAGGUUCGGCAGACCGGACAUCCCAGUGCUGCCGAGGCUGUGGCACCCGAAGCAGCAGCACUAGACUCUGCAUCGGCGGCGAUUGCAGCGAGUGUGGACUUCCCCCUGUGGGUGCGGCAGCUGCAGGCGUGCGCGGGGGUGGGCGAGGAGGGGCGCGCGUCUGAGUGCACGGGGGAAACACCCGGGUCCAUGCUGGAUGUGCCUCAGGUGCAGCCCGCGAUGGAAGGCAGCGACGCCAGCGGCGGCAGCGGUGGCAGUGGCAGCAGUGGGGAAGGGUGUGGUGGCGAGGAGGAGGACCAUGAGGCAGAGAGCCGGGGGGGUCAGUGA